AUGGACCCUAACUGCUCCUGUGCCACAGAUGGAUGCUGUUUCUGCUCCGAGUCUUGCAAAUGCAAAGAGUGUAAAUGCGCCUCCUGCAACAAAAGCUGCUGCUCCUGUGGCCCCGUGGGCUGUGCCAAGUGCUCCCAGGGAUGCAUGUGCAAAAAGGCUCCGGACAAGUGCAGCUGCUGCGCCUGAAGUGGAUCCCCUCAGCCGCGUGUAAAUAGAGCUAUGUGUAGAAACUUAAUUUUUUUUUACAACCCUGACCGAU